AUGUCAGGUUCUCAGGCGCACGGCAAGGGCGCCAAUUUCACCGGCGUUGCCCGGGAGCUGGCCUGGACCGGCUCCGGCCGGGACCCGGUCUGGUCCUCCACGGUCAACAGCGCGGUGAAGAUGGUGCUGAUCACCCUGAUCGUGUGCUUGUCCUUGUUUGGGAACGUGGUCGUUCUGCUGGUGUUCCAGAGAAAGCCUCAGCUCCUUCACGUGGCCAACCGCUUCGUCCUCAACCUGCUCCUGGCCGACCUGCUCCAGACCAUACUGGUCAUGCCCUUCGCGAUAGCGGCCACCGUGCCGGGCGUCUGGCCCUUGGAUUCCCGCCUGUGCCAGGCCCUGGUGGUUCUCAUGCACCUGUUCGCGUUCGCCGGGGUCAACACCAUCAUAGUGGUCUCUGUGGACCGCUACCUGGCCAUCAUCCACCCUCUGUCCUAUCCGACCCGCAUGACUCCUCACCUGGGCACCAACCUCAUCGUCUGCACCUGGGUGCUGAGCUUUCUGCAGAGCACCCCGCCGCUCUACGGCUGGGGCGCCAUCGACUUCGACCGGCACCAGAAGGUCUGCACGGUGGUGUGGUCCUCCAGUCUGUCCUACUCGGCCGUGGUGUCCACCUUCUCCUUCUGGCUGCCCGUGCUCAUCAUGCUCGGCUGUUACUGGAUGGUGUUCCGAGCCGCCAGGAGGCAGAACGCUCUGGUGCACCCCAUACAAACCCAGUCCUACUCCCAGCCCUGUCCGCAGGACUUCCAGGGUUCCAGCAGUCCGCAGCGGCAGCCCAACCCCCAGCAGGCAAGUCCGUCCGAAGGCCCCUGCACGGCCAGGAGAUACCCCGUCCGGGUCAGGCACAGACGCUUCCACUACCACUGUAAGGCAGCUCGGGUUGUGUUCGUCAUCAUGGCCUCGUACAUCUUCAGCAUGGGCCCGUACAGCAUUCUCAACAUCAUAUCCAUGAACUCGAAGGCGGCCGUGCCUCCGUGGUUAUCCUCCUUGUCCCUCGUGCUCUUCUUUCUACAAUGCUGCCUACACCCUUACAUUUACGGCUACAUGCACCGCAGCGUGAGGAAGGAAUUCCUGGCCUUGCUCUGCGGGCUGCUCUGCAAACAGGGACGGCCCAACCAGAGCUCGGGCGUGGAGAGCUGCUUCACCACCACGGAGGGCCGCUCCGGCCCGCACCCCCGCCUCCCCAGUCUGGCCGCCCGGGUCUUCCCGCUGCAGACCUGGGAAGAGUGCACCACAUCCUCCUCGCCGACCUUUGAGAGAAAGUCGAGGGACAGUCGAAAAGAGACCACCUCCACCAGCGUCAGCUCUGAGAAGGAGCUCCCCGUCCACAGCCGGCAAAGCACAUGA